AUGACAGAGGAAUUCAUAUCGCUUCUGGUCUUCAGUGUCCCGGACCUCAAACGUAUAUCUUUCGAAGAAGCUAUCCAACAAGAAUUUAGGCCUACUCGUCUUGGCGAGUGGUUUGGCCCAUCAUGGGCAACACACUGGUUUCAUGUCCAAGUCCGCAUUCCCAACGAGUUCGCUGGCGAAGAAGUUCAUUUUAUAUGGAAUGCAGAUAAUGAGGCAUUGGUCUGGAGCAUGGAUGGAACCCCUAUUCAAGGCUUUACAGGUGGAGCUGGAAGCGAUGCUCGUCACGAGUAUGUGUUGACUACAAGUGCGCGAGGCGGUGACCCUAUCCAAUUUUACAUAGAAAUGGCUUGUAAUGGCAUGUUUGGCGCGGGAAAUGGCCUCAUUGGUCCUCCUGACCCGAACCGCUUUUUCAACUUGAAUGAAUUGGACCUUGCCGUGCCGAACAAACUUGCCUGGAAGCUACUCUAUGAUUUCCAAAUCAUCUUAGGUAUGAGCAGGGAUCUUCCUCAAGAAUCGCUUCGAGCAGCACAAGCACUUCACACUGCCAACAGAAUCGUCAAUGUCUUUAGAGCCGGCGAUGACCGAACACUGGAAGAAGGCAUCCGAAUAGCUUCAGAGUUUCUAGGUGCCAAAAAUGGUGACUCGCAACAUGAAAUCACUGCGUUGGGCCAUUGUCACAUUGAUACCGCAUGGUUAUGGCCGUUCGAUGAAACUAUUAGAAAGGCUGGGCGGAGUUGGUCUACACAGAUCGACUUGAUGGAUCGAUAUCCAGAGUACACUUUUGUUUGUUCACAAGCUCAACAGUACGAAUGGGUCAAGGACAAUUAUCCAAAGUUAUGGGAACGAAUCCGCGAAAAGGUGACAGUUGGACAAUUCAACCCAAUUGGAGGUACCUGGGUCGAGAUGGAUUGCAAUAUUCCAAGCGGAGAGUCGUUGGUUCGGCAAUUCCUAUUAGGACAACGGUUUUUUGAAGAACAGUUUGGCAAGCGAUGUACCGUGUUCUGGCUACCAGACACGUUUGGAUAUUCGCCACAGAUACCACAACUAAUUCUGCAAGCUGACAUGAAAUAUUUUUUCACGCAAAAGCUUUCGUGGAACAACAUUAACAAGUUUCCUUUCACAACCUUUUGGUGGACCGCUUUGGAUGGAUCCCGAGUCAUAACCCACAUGGCUCCUUCAGAAACCUACAAUGCACAGUGUACGCCGGAAGAGUUGAUUCGAACUGUGCGUAAUCACCGUGAUAAGGAAUACACAAACUCAAGCUUGCUGGUAUACGGCAACGGCGAUGGAGGUGGUGGUCCUUUGGCUGGAAUGAUUGAACGAUUGAAACGUAUGGAAAACGUCGAUGGUUUGGCCAAGGUGAAAAUGGGUAGUGCCAACGAGUUCUACGAAAACAUUGAGAAAUCAGGGGCAGAGUUAUCGUCAUGGAAAGGUGAACUGUACUUUGAGUUACAUCGUGGAACCUACACUACUCAUGCGAUUACCAAGCGGUACAAUCGUUCUUGUGAAUUUUUGUUGCGUGAGCUCGAAAUUUUAGCUACUCUCGCCAUGAAUGCAGACCCAUAUUCAUUUGUUUAUCCCAAGUCUGAGGUUGAGCGCUUUUGGAAAAUGGUGUGUCUUGUGCAGUUCCACGAUGUCUUGCCCGGCUCUGCCAUUGAAAUGGUGUAUGAUGAUGUUUUACGGAUGCACACAGAAGUUGAUACCUUGGGUACUGUGAUGCGAGAUGAAUUGCUGGACACCGUCCUCCAACUCGACCCCAACAUCUCUGAAGGCAAAAAAGGCCUUGCGGUGUUCAACUCCUUGUGCUGGCCACGUACUGAGAUCAUUGAAAUCCCACUUGCUGAAGGAUUGCCCACCAUGAAGCAGUACUCUGCAUUUGGGCGCACCGGAUACGCUCUAGGAUACCUGCUGCAAGAAAACCCAACAUUCACACCUGUCACUUUUGAAACAGAUCGUAACAAUAAUAUCAUUGUCGACAAUAUUUAUAUCAAGGCAACGUUCGACAAGUCUGGCCACUUGGUUGGGUUACGAGACAAAGCCGGCAAUGGCCGCGAGCUCAUCAAACCUGGCGAACGAGGCAACGUGUUCACUAUGUAUGAAGAUGUGCCACUCUUCUGGGACGCUUGGGAUACGGAAAUUUACCAUUUGGAGAAGGGCAGACAGGUUGAGAAGGGUUCUGUUCAGAUUUUGGAGCAAGGUCCUCUGAGAGUAUCCUUGUUGAUUGAAAAGACGAUUUCCGAGACAAGUCGAUUGAGACAGAUUGUGGUCAUCACGGCUAUUUCGAAGCGAAUCGACUUUGAGACUGAAUUGGACUGGAACGAAAACCGCCAAUUCUUGAAAGUGGAAUUUGCUUGGAAUAUUUUGACGGAUCAGGUCACAUACGAGACUCAAUUUGGCACCAUCCAGAGACCUACUCAUUACAACACCUCAUGGGAAAGUGCAAAGUUUGAGGUCGUCGGCCACAAGUUCGCGGAUAUGUCGGAAUACGGCUAUGGUGUGGCACUUUUGAACGAUUGCAAGUACGGCUAUGCAGCUCAUGAAAACGUUGUGCGUCUCUCGCUCAUCCGUUCACCAAAAGCACCAGACCCGAACUGUGAUAUUGGCCAUCAUGUAUUCAAAUAUGCAGUCUACCCUCACGAAGGCCACUUUUUGCAAUCCGACGUCGUCGCUGAAGGCUUCAAGUUCAACGUCCCACUCCUUAGCCGAGUGGUGUCGACUGCCAAAGCUACAGCGCUGUCUGACCCUAUCUCUCAUUUCCGCAUUGAAGGAGCACCUAAUGUCGUAUUGGAUACAAUUAAACGAGCUGAAGACUCAGAUGACGUUAUCUUGCGACUUUAUGAAGCGUAUGGUGGUCACGCUACUGCUCGUUUGCUCACGUAA